UGAUCUCAAGAUACAUCAUAAAUUUUACAUAAAUUUCAAUGUAAAAUAACAAUCUCAGCCUACAUACACAUUAGAUAAAAUUAAUAAGGGCUCGAUGAUCCAGCAAUCAAUUGUAAACUAUAUUUAGACACUUUGCUGAUGCUUAUAAAGGUUUCCCAACAAAAUGAUAGCAUCCAGUCGAAUCAUUUUGAUGCUUGUUGUCACCUAUCUCAAUGCAAAGGCUCAUGCAGAGUCUAAUUUCAUCGCAGAGGUGACAAAGAUAAGAAGUCAAUGUGAAACUGGACUGCCCCCGGAAGAUCAGAAAGUCACACUCAAAAUAAAUUGUAUUGGAAAAGAAACAAAUGGUGUCCUGAGAUUAUCGAGAAAAAGGUUUUCAAAGACAGGCCAGAAAAUUUGUGGAGCUAUGACAACAAUUGCUUGUACAGAGUUAGAACCCCCACUAUCCCUUCCCAAACUACCUGAAAUAGAGAAAAUACAAGAUAGUACACUUUGUGUCGAUAUCAUCUUCUUGAUUGAUGUUUCCUGUUCCAUUGCGAAGAAAUACAAGAAAAAUGCUAUUGAGGAAAUCAACAGAUUUCUUUAUGAAAUUAAACUGAAGAAUGAAAAAAGGUCGCAAAACAAGAGCAGCAUGUCCAACAGACUGUCCAAUGUAGCUGUUGUGCCAUUCUCAGACACUGCCGAAGAUUCGGUGAUUCCAUUUAAAAGAUCUCGCAGUGCGAUUCAAAAAGGUCUUAAACACAUUUUGAAAAACAAUACUGAAUGCAAGACAUAUGGAGAAAAAGCAUACAAGAAGGCUGUAGAAUUAUUUGAUACAAUUCGAAAAAGAGGCCGGAGUAUUGUUGUCAUAUUUGGCGAUGGCCGUAACACAGGGGAAAAACAUCAGCAACUAUCUGAUCAAGCAAUGGACAAAUUGAAAAGGAAACAUUCAGCAGAAAUCAUAUGGGUAAAAGUUCCUACAAAGAUCCUGAAUUUAUCAAAACGAUCGACUGAAUUGGAAAUAUUAGAACUUAUGCAAGGGGAACUUCAUAUUGAACGUCAUACUAAUAAAAAACGUAUUCUUGAUAUUCUCGAUAAUAACUUGCAUUCUCAACUGACAGACUAUCUUCAAACAAAGUAUCAAUGUAGUUAAUAAACUAAAACAAACAAAGGAUGAAAAAUGAAACUACGUGU